UGAUGGACAUGUCUUAGUCUCUGUACAAUCUAGCCACUGUGAUUUGUACUUGAAACUGUAUUUUGGUGCUUAAGACCAUCUGUCCCUGGAGUAUUGGGAGGACCAGCAAUGGAACAGAUUAGGAAAGAACGACUGGAAGAUGUAUCAACGGAAGAGUUGAUUCGACGUUUCUCAUCAACGGAUUCAUUCAUUACAUUUGCUUUAUCGAAGUAUGGUCUCAGAAUUGACCAGUAUAGGGUCACACCUGUACAGGAAAAUAACCGAUACGAUGUCACAAAUCUAAAACGCUGUUUGAUUGCAAUUUGGAAAGAAAGAGAAGGAUCCAGAGCUACGACAGAAGCGUUGAGACGAAUAGUUGACAAAUAUUUUGAAAAACAAGUCAAUCCUGAUGCUGCAUACUUUGAUGAUGAUGAUGAUGAGAUGGACCUUCUGCCACAAGGGGACGCUCAAAUACAACAAGUUCCAACAGAUCCUUCUCCCACUACCAUCAAUAUAACUAACAUACAAGGAACCAUUGGCCAGGUGUUGUUGGGGAAUGAGACUCAAGGCAAUGCUAAAGAUGAAGGAAUUCUACAGAUUGACCCCGAUGUACCAGUGUUGAAGCCUUCAAAAUCAGAAAUUACUCCGGAGAAAACAGUGAUAGAUAUUGGAGACUGCAGGUUGAAACUCUCGGCACAUUCCGUUAAAGAACCAACGAAGCAUGAUAUUGCGUACAAAGUCAUUCCAGGAGCGCCACCUGCUAGCCAAAUUCAUGCAAGCUCAACACUGACUUUCGAUCCAUCAUACCAAGGUCGAAAGGACGUAAAGAUCACUCUGCCAACCUGGUGCUCAACCGAAGCUUCUGUCGAUGUUGGGAUUUACUGUAAAUCAGAAGGAGAGUGGAUUGAGUUGGACCGUCCAAUUCUGACACAUGAAGGGCACUUGGAACUUCAUUAUCGAGAACUUAGCAACCUGACAGCAUACAUAUCUCAAGAUAGGUUGCCAGAUAUCCAAUUCAAAAUAUCCUGCUUUCUGUUCAAUAAUGCAGAUGGGAAAUUUGCAAUGGGAUUCUGCCUCGCUGAUAAAGCCAUCGAAAACGUGUUUCUGCACAGACUCAAGAAGGAAGGCUUCGUUUCUUCUAUCAAGACUCUGGAACCACUUACAGCAUCGUUUGAGGAUGAGAUUGCGUUCAAUAUUACUCCUGGCCAACAAAUGACAAACACACAUUUCAAUGUGGAUGAACAAUUCCUGUCUUCAUAUCAAGGCCACAUUUCCUACUGCACCAUUGACAAACAGGCUCUUAAUCCUGUUUAUAAAAUCUCUCAAAUGAGGAAACAGGAAGAGGCCAGCGCUGGAGUCCAACCUUUUUGUGAGAAUUCCUACAACAUUGCUGGAAAAGAGGAGUCAUUGGGACAGCCUGGUGCUGUUGGACAUGGGAGGCCCUCAGACCUGAUUGAAUUUCGUGGUCAACUCAAUGCCGGCGUUUUAUUGAAAAAUGCAGAGGAAGUUGAAAUCGACAAUAGACGAUACAUUGGAGAUGAAUCACCCAGGAAUAGACCAAAGUUGACUUAUGAACAAAAACUUGAAAGAGCAGAAGAGAGAAAGAAGAAAGCUGAAGCUUGGACUGGAAGUACAGUUCUUGAACAACCCAAGGUUGCACCAGGUGGUCGUCAAGUCAUUUUUCAUGGUGACGUUAAUGCUGGAGUAGCAUUACUUGGCUCGAGAAAGUUGAAGAUCGAUAAUAGGAAAAUGGCAGGAAAGAGACCUGAAGGAUCACAAGGGAAGGAAAUACAGAAGGUUUCUGAACCUGUUCAAGUCAAUGAGGGUGUAGAGGUUGAAUCACAGCAGUAUGUUGAAGAACCUCGGCCAAAUGUUGCAGCUCUUCCAACAGGGACAGACUGUGAAAAAAUACCUCCUGGCUCUGGACCACCCCCAGAAGCUCCUCCGAUGGACCCAGGAAUUCCUGAACAUGAUGUGAGACAGGGGAGAAGAGAAGCAGAUCGAGAUGAUGUGAGACAGAGGAGAAGAGUAGCAGAUCAAGAGGAUGGAGAGGGGGAACCACUUACAAAUCAAGAUGAAGAUGAAGAUCCUCUUGUAAAGCCAAAGAAGGCUAAAUACGACACUGUUCUAAAAUGCGUUGCUGUUGUGGCUGUUAUCUUCAUGGUCUUUAUAGUUUACUCGUACAUGGAGUAAUUUGGUCUGGGUUGAAAAUCAAGCUUUCCUGUGGACUAAUAUUAGAUGAAUAUUGUGUUUUGUUUCCAUUUUGAUAUUCUAUAAAUAUUAUGAGAUAACAUGAAUUGGUCGCCGCAAAACACAUUUUCUCUAAUCCAAUAUAAUUUUGCAUUUUAUCUAGAUUUUUAAAAUAACAUAUUUUGGAAUGAGUUCAAUAUCUAUAUAGCUUUAUUCAUUACGGUGGAUGAAAGUUUAACUAGAGUUUGAGAACUAAUUAUUUUUCACUUUCCAAUAUUUCGUAACAUGUGCUUUUUAGCUUGUUUUUUUCAAUACUGUAUUCAAUUUGUAACGCCAGUUUAGAAGUUAUAAGGAAAAUCUGUAUGCUUGAUACUUCACUUUUUAAUUUAGAAUUCGAACUGUUAUAUCAAGGUUUCAUGUUCCACUGCCGUGAUCUGGUGCUACAGUUUGAAUAUACCAGCUUCCCAUCCCUGGUUUCAAUAUUAAAAGCUUUAUAUAUUAGGCAAAAAAGUAAAAAUUAUUUUCGUGGAAGGAAACUAGAAGUGUUUCAAAAUUUGUAAUCCAAUACUUUGUUAAAACUUAUUUCUAUGGGCAUACAUCUCCAAGGUGAACAUUUUCCAGAAAUUGAAAUUUUUCAUUUGAAUUUCUACAAACUAUUAUGCCAAUUGAUCCCACUUAUCUACUGGCACCUUUGUUUGAAUGUUAAACGCAUAUAAGGAAAUGUAACCAAACUUUUGUGCAGCUCUUCUAUCAGUGCUCUUUCCCAAUUUAGUUAAGAGCUCGAGAUUAAGAGCUCGAGAUUUUGCUUUGAGCAAACUUGCAACUCUUUUAUCAAUUAUAAUUCACUUUUAUUUUAAGUGUUUGAUUUCUUUGUUUUCAAUGGUGGCUUUUAGUAAGACAUGUUUUCAAUGAUAUUUGUAACAUUUAACGUUGCAUUUGAAUCCUUGAGCAUAAUUCUUGUCCCCCUUUUUUAUUUGGAAAAACCAUAGCUGCAAAUUUGCCAUUUGCAUCAAUCGAGUCUGCCAGUGUACCUCAUCAAUUUUUCCUGCCACGUCCAAGGUUUUAUAAUGAAAAUUAGAAUUCUGAACUUGUUUUAAAAUUUUUAAUUGGUAUUCUAAGCUGAUAGCACGCUAGACGGUAAAUCGAAAAUCUUGCAUUUAUAAUUAUUUUUUUACAUGUUCAAUUCGGGCAACCCGUGUUCGUGCAGCCCUUCUUCCAUUUCUGGGCUGCAAUAUGCAAUUGAACGAGCAAAUUUCAGUCAUUUAAAACAAAUGCCCUAAGAGGGAAAAUCCAAUAAAAAUUACCUUUCACUUUGAUUAUUCACUUAUUGCUUUAGUAUUCGUGGAGCGAAUGCGGCAUUGUCGGUCAAUAUUGCAAAAGUGUAAUAAAGCUAUGGUUUGUGUUUUCUGUAUUGAACUGGUAGAGUUCGAUUUUUCAAAAUAUUUCAUACUUAUCUGUAAUUGCUCUCUUGCUUUAACAUUUAAAUGCUUCAUUAUAUGAUGCUUAUAUUAAUAGCAAAUGUUGUGUGAUAUAGAGACUCAAUGUAAAGUAGUCCAACAUAGUGAACCAUAUUUGCCUGGUACCAUUAUGUUUACCAGAGGUCAGUCUAAUAUGAUAGUUCUAUCUGAAAUGUUUAUGUAUCAUUCGAGGUUAACCUUCUCGGCGCGCAAACCCCUACCCAUGCAUUUUUUUUUUGUCAACGAUUAUGCUUCACUCAUGGCUUUUUAAAAGCGUGUGCUAGA